AUGGGAGAAUCAUUGUGCGAAGACAUUAUUACUAGAAAGAAAUUUGUAAUAUUUCCAAGUUACAACUUUUCACGUGCAGACAAAUAUUGGAUAGGCCUUCUCAAGGGUGGAUCGUACCACAACACUUGUCUAUCUAUCUAUCUAUCUAUCUAUCUAUCUAUCUCUGUUCCUUAUCUAUCUAUCUAUCUAUCUAUCUAUCUCAUUUAUUAUGUUCACAUCUAUCUAUCUAUCUAUCUAUCUAUCAGCCUGUCUCUCUGUCUAUCUAUCUAUCUCGGUCUAUUCAUAUCUAUCUAUCUAUCUAUCUAUCUAUCUGUCAGUCUCUCUAACUACCUAUCUAUCUAUCUAUCUCGGUCUAUUCAGAUCUAUCUAUCUAUCUAUUUACCUAACUAUCUGUCUGGCUGUCUAUCUAUCUAUCUAUCUAUCUCAAUUUAUUCAGAUCUAUCUAUCUAUAUAUCCCAUAACACUAUCUAUCUAUCUAUCUAUCUAUCUAUCUAUCUUUCUCGGUCUAUUCAUAUCUAUCUAUCUAUCUAUCUAUCUAUCUAUCUAUCUAUCUGUGUUCGUAUCUCUGCCUGUCUGCUUAUCUAUUUGUCUAUCUAUCUCAGUCUAUACCUAUUCCAUUUGUUCAUAUCUAUCUAUCUAUCUCGGUCUAUUCAUAUCUAUCUAUCUAUCUAUCUAUCUAUCUAUCUGUGUUCGUAUCUCUGUCUGCUUAUCUAUUUGUUUAUCUAUCUCACUUUCUCUGAUCUAUCUAUCCGAUUUUCUCUCUCACUAUCUCUCCCCCUCUCCUUCUCUCUCUCUCUUUCUCUCUCUCUCUCUCUCUAUCUAUCUAUCUAUCUAUCUAUCUAUCUCUACCUCUCUCCCUAA